AUGUUUCCAGUUUAUGAUGUAGCAAGACGAGACACAUUUACAAAUCUUGCGGAUAUAAGGGCUAAGGAAAUCGAUCUCUACUCAACUAAUCAAGAUUGCAUCAAGAUGCUUGUUGGAAACAAAGUUGAUAAGGAAAGUGGAAGGGAUGUCAUGAAGAAAGAGGGAAUUGAUUUUUCUCGGGAGUAUGGAUGUCUUUUCCUUGAAUGUAGUGCAAAAACUCGAAUUAAUGUACAGCAGUGUUUUGAAGAGCUUGUUUUAAAGGAACCUGCAUCAGAGAUACAGGACAAGAUUUUAUUUAUGAUUAAUAAUAUCUCAGCUUCAAAUAUGGAUGUGAAAGCAAAAGAAUUUACUGAUGUCCUGAAAGAGCAGUACUAUCCAUGGUUUGCUGAGUAUAUGGUGAUAUCUUAUUAA